AUGAGCUACUAUUUACUCCAUUACUGCUGUGCUGCUAUUAAUCCUCGCCCCAUCCCAAAAAGGGUUACAAGCAGGCGCAACAGCAGGUCUCUUGCCGGAUGCCGACGCGCGAAUGGCCGGCACAAAAUUGACACCGACGGCCUCCUGCUUUGCGACACGACGUUCGAUCUGCUCCCGCUGCGCCAAUCAGCUGCAAGAGAGCCCGCCUGUUGCCUUGGUGCCCGCCAGAACCAGAUUUUGCCGAGUGGUCUAAUGGUGCUGCGUAAGCCGAGAGCGGGGAAUCGCUGUGAGGUCCUUUCGCCUCGCAGCUGUGAGAGAAGGGGAGUGUUUAAGCGCUGGAGAAAGGAAAACGGUAAAAGUGACUCCACCUCUAAUGAAGACUUGUGUAAAGAAGAAUCCUUAGAUGGAAUUUUAAGUCAUUGCUUUAAACAGUACAAACUCAGAAAUGCAUAUCCAUAUUUUUCCCUUAAAUUGAAAGCAAAUAGGUUUGGCCCACCUAAAUCUAGACGACGUAUUCUUAUUGCACCACCCAUGAGUGGGGUGGCCUCUAGCAGUCGCAAGCCUCAGCCACCUGUUCCCAGUGAUGUCAAGCAGGUUCAGGACUUGACAGUACUUCCAGAGGACCAGGACAGCACCUCCACUGAGGAGAGUGACCUGCUAAAGUUGGAAGCUUGGAUUGAGGAGAGAAAACAACUGCAUUAUCUGUUGGACAACUGUGUAAAUCUUGAGGAAUGGUUGAGUGAAAAGAAGGCUGUCACUCUGCAGGAAGAAAGCAUCUUGAGAAAAAUAAAAGAAGAAAGGGAAGAGAAGAAGGCUAAAAUUCAAGCCGACUUGCUGGCUCUCCACAGUGUUAAGGAGGUACCAAAGAGUGAACCAUUGAAAAGCACACCUUUGAUUCAUGCUCCAUAUCCUCCAUCUAUUAUUACACUACAAAAUCUUCUGCACAAGCAAAAACUCAAGCUUAUGGAUCUCUUCAAAAAAGCCGACAAGAGCAGGACAAUGAAAUUCAAAAGAACGGACUUCCUUAGAAUUAUACAGGAGACCAAGGUGCCUAUCAGUAAAACUGACUUGGAAGAAAUCAUUGUCUAUCUCACCGUUUCAAAGAAAGGGCAUAUUAUAACUGCUGAUGAUUUGGCUGAAUGUCAGAGAAUAUGGAUGGAUAAUGUAAGGGAGAACUGGAAACAGCCAAAGCAAGAGCCAUUACCUAUGGUAAAAACUGCAUCCACCACUGCAAAAGGAGAUUUAACUCAUCAUACCAAGCCCAGUGUAACUUCUUAUGUAGCAUGUCAACCCAAGUCAAACCAUUUGCAAGUUCCUCCUGUCAACACUGAACCAGAUCGCAUGCACCUAACUUAUAACCAAAUGGAAGUAGCUGGGAAGAGAUACAAGGAAAUGAGACGACGGCUGAGGAGGAAAACUAAUCCAUUAGCCUUUGCAGAACAAUGUAGACUGGUGAGGUCCGGAGACCCAGUUGUGGAUGGUCACUGCUUGCCAAGCACGCUAGAGGGUGAAAUGGGAGAAUUGGUGGACCAGCAUCGACUGGCUUGCCACUAUGUCUACGUUCAGUGUGUCAAGCUUUGCGAAAAAUAUGGGAUUCCAAUUUCGGAAAAAGUGCUGAAAAGGGGUCUGCUUUACCCAGGAGACAGGCUCCUGAGACUCGGGAAGAACGUUCGGAAGCUGAGGCAGCCUGGAGGUCACGGGGACACUUUUGCUCAUAGCCUGAGAGAAUCAUUUGACGGGGAAAGCCCUUCCAAGGUUGAGAAAAGGAGCGGACAAGGUGUCUCUGAAGACCACUGCCACUCCUCUUUGGCCUUCUCUAAGUCCAACACAUCUAAAAAACAUCAGUUUGGGGAGAGCUGGUCUGAUUUUUCUCUCUUGAUUCCUGUUUACCGUUUUGUUUGUUUGUUUCUUUCUUCUAGAAAGCCAAAACCAGUGGCUAUUAAGAAACAAGUCAAAAAACAGGCUCUGACCUGCCGCUGGGGAUCAUUUAAGGAAUUUAAGCAACUGAUGAGUAAACACUCCAAAAAAAUACUUCCUCCACCGGAGAUUUGGAAUGAGAAAUUUCUUGAUGACAGCUUGCUUGAGAGUCCAGAUGUGCUUGCAAAACAAUAUGUGGAAAGAGAACUCAGGAGAAUGUUUUGCUUGCUGAAUCCCUUGACCAACCCCAAUAAUUUCUGGCCAGGGCAUCUUCUUGAUAAGCUGUGCCUGUGUCUACCUGAAUCAAGACAGGAUGGAAGUGAAGUUCUGUUCAGCCGUGUUUCUCACACACGCCCGGCCUGUCCUGGUAUUUACUAUCCUCACCGCAACUGGCCAGUCAGCAACAGGGGAUACAUGACCUUUGGGGAUUCAGAAUCUCGCAAGCAUUACUAUUAUAUUUGAUGGCAUUUUUUAAGAACUUGACCAGUAGGUCAGCUCCAUUGAGCUAGUAACGUAAGCAAAAGAAAAUGAUCACACACAGAGAAAGAAGUCAUUGUCACCUAUAUAUGACAAAAUUAUGACUUGCCAAAAGGGGUUUUCAAAAAAUCUAUUAGUAUAUACUGUCAGCAUGUUGUGUGAAUUGCUAUACUACAGAUUUUCAGUGAAAGGUUUGAAAAUCUGUAUUAUGGAAGUACAAGAACAGCUUUGCUUCUAUUACCUCUUUAAAAGCACUGAGAGGCACAAAAGACAGGGAAUAUGCAAAAUCUUCAUUAUGUGGGAAAUUGGUAGCUUUCUAAAAUGUGGGAUUACCGUUCCCAUUAGCUUUGACAGUCAAACACGCUCUUCCAGUUUGGUUGCACAUUCCCCACUGUUAUUGCAGGAGUUGUGUAGACACUAUAACAACAGUGCUGCUGAGAAGGUUAAGGGAGAGGCAAGAGCUGUGUGGGAGAAGACAUAUUUUGUUUGUUGCAGUAUGUCCCAAUUCCACGUCCUAGCAUCUUCAGGCAAAAGAGCUAUGCUGGAUCAAGCCACAGGACCCUGGCUAAGCAUUCUGUUUCCAGUGCGAUCAGCAAGAAGCAUCUGGAAAGCCUCUAAGCUGCCCUGGUCUCUCCCUUUACGUGAAGAGAGGAAAUUCCCUUGUUUAUAAUCUUCCUACACUGCAGAUAGUUUUAUAAACCUAUGUCAUAUUCCACCCUUGUCAGUGGCAAAUUAUUCACCAAAAAAAAAAAAUCUUGCUAUAGCUUUAAGAUCUUUUUCAUUUUUAACACUAUGCAAUGCAUGCCUAAAAGUUCUUUCAGUGUUUGGUUUAAAAUGCAUCAUGGGUUUCAUCAGAUCUCUGAACAAUUGUUUUGUGUUUAUAAUUGUUACCUGGAAUUUUAGGCUUCAUUAUUAGCUUUUUAAUAAAGGUGGUAUUAGCAUUUUAGCAGGCAUCCAUGCCUUCUUUUGAAGUUCAGGAAACCAUGUUUUCCUUUUACCCAAAACCAUUUCUUUCUUUUAUGUGCAAAAACUAACCUUUUCAGCAACUAAACAAUAGAAGGCAUAUUCUGAAAGUCCUUGAAUACACUUGCAAGUUUUAAGAUGAUGCAAACCAGGCUGGGAAAGGGAGUGACAUAGCCCAUAAAUUUGCCACAUCUGGAAUGUUAUCUAGAAUCAAUGUUUUCCAUUCAAUUCUCACAUGUAAGCAAUGUCUUUUAUUGUUUGAUUACUUGCUUUAUGAUGUAUCACGUAUACUGAAUGUAUCAUUUGUUUCUGUACCCUGUAAAAGGACUUGACCCCCCCCCUUUAAUAAAUGUUUUUGCUUUUGCCUGAA